UUAAAAUAGUGAGGACCUGGAAAGCUCAUGGCGUCGAUGGCUGGUUAUCUUCACGACCUCGGUGCCUCGCUCAUUGCUGGCCAGUUUCAUUCAAGAUACAACCUCCUCACGAAAGUACUAGCUAGCUCUAGUACCGUAUCUUUUCCCAACAAACUCGCACACUGAAACACCCGUAAACCAAGAUCCGUUUGGUUCUUGUUUUUUAUUGAUUUAUUUGAAGCGAAAGAUGCCUGGCACAAACACUAAGCCAGUCAACACCGAUGCGAUGACCUCUAUUAAGCCUUUCUUAGGUCAUUUUUCGCUUUUGGACCGUUGGUGCGUGAAUCACGGUUUGGUCGCUUCGAAAUUCCAGGAAGCAAGAGAGGGGAAGCUUCAUGCUGCCACGUUACAACAAAGCAACAUCAAGCAAGUCCGAACAAAUCACUCAAAGCUUGUAGCUAGCCAGCUAGAGUUGAACAUAAUUCAACCUGAAGAACGAUAGAUCACAACACAACAGACAACAACAAGAACAAGAACCAUGCAGCAACGGUGUAGUAUUAGUAGCCGAGGUCCUUCUCCCUUGGAGCGGGCAACCUCUUGUCCCGCCAUUAUUUGCCACAGCACGAGGACACCACUGAUAGAAGACACGGACGAAUCUCUCCCUACUUCUACUACUCCUACUCGACUGGAACGACGACAUUCCUUUGAUGGAUUUUCCACACCCGACGACUCUUCUGCACAAAAUGACGUCGCAGCCGCAGAUGAAGCAGCAGCAGCCGCCGAAUCCUCUCGAUUUCGCAAAGCCCGUGUGGCCAUUACUGGUGGCACGCUGACGGCGGUAGGGUUGGUCAUGAUUCCCUUGCCGAUUCCGAUGGGGUUUGUCGUGGCGACGGCUGGAAUGGCACAUUUGGGACAAGAAUUUCCAGCCGCACAACGCAUGCUCGACCAUACCAAAGAACGAGUGGUGGAAGCGUGGACGACCACAACAACGACCACAACGACGACGACGAAACAAAAAGAAGACACAAAUACUAGUAGAACGCCACAGAAAAAACCAAAUGACACGCUAGUGGAAUCACCCACGAGUAUUCGGGCGGUUUGGGAAUUGGAUGAUGAUGAAACCAUCAUGUUUGAUUCACCGGGAUUUCAAGAAGAAGAUGUAAUGGUCAACGUGUGGCAGGCAUGACUCCAACAAAGCAAAGCAAUCCACA